GGUUGCUUUGAGUGCUGCAUUAAGUGCUUGGGAGGAGUUCCAUAUGCUUCGCUGGUGGCCACCAUUCUGUGCUUCUCUGGAGUAGCUCUCUUUUGUGGCUGUGGUCAUGUUGCCCUCACUGGAACGGUAAACAUCCUGGAGCAGCACUUCUCCUCGAACCCCAAUGACCAUGCCCUUUUGACUGAGGUAAUCCAGUUAAUGCAGUAUGUCAUCUAUGGAAUUGCUUCUUUCUUCUUCCUGUAUGGGAUAAUCCUGUUGGCAGAGGGCUUCUACACCACCAGUGCAGUGAAGGAAAUGCACAGUGAAUUUAAAACUACUGCCUGUGGACGAUGCAUCAGUGGAAUGUUUGUGUUCCUGACCUACAUCCUGGGGGUGGCCUGGCUUGGAGUGUUUGGAUUCUCUGCAGUGCCUGUUUUCAUGUUCUAUAACAUGUGGUCAUCUUGUGAAGUCCUUAAAGGGUUGCCCGUAAACUUGACCACUUCAGCGGAGCAGAUAUGUGUGGACAUCCGACAAUACGGUAUCAUUCCAUGGAGUGCCUUGCCUGGGAAGGCUUGUGGAUCAGCUUUGGAAAAUAUCUGCAGUACCAAUGAGUUCUACAUGUCCUACCAUCUGUUCAUUGUGGCCUGUGCUGGAGCAGGUGCUACUGUUAUUGCAUUGAUCCACUUCCUCAUGAUUCUGGCUUCUAAUUGGGCCUACUUAAAGGAUGCAAGCAAAAUGCAGGCCUACCAAGAAAUUAAAGCUAAAGAAGAGCAAGAACUUCAAGAUAUCCAGUCACGAUCCAAAGAACAGCUCAAUUCUUACACAUAA